AUGGGGAUACGUCUGGGAGCUCUGGCUUACGAAGAAACUGACGCCAUCUUGGAUCUGCAAGGACUCAGCAGGCCUUUCCCUCUGUCUCAUGGGACAACAACCUUGGGUUUCAUCUUCCAAGGUGGGGUCAUUGCAGCUGCAGACUCACGUGCCAGUGCUGGGGGACUUGUUGCCUGUCCAGCUGUUCACAAGAUUACCCCUAUUCAUUCCCAUUUAGUGGUCACCUCCUCUGGUAGCGGUGCAGACUGCAUGCUGUGGGAGAGAAUUCUGGCCAGAGAGAUCAGACUCUACCAACUGCGGCACAGACGUUGCCUUUCAAUAUGUGGCACUGCCAAGCUCCUUUCAUUUAUGCUGCACCCCUUUAAAGGGACUGAUGUGUGUGUGGCCCUGACAUUGUGUGGCUGGGAUAAGGAAGCAGGUAACACUGACUGUGCAAAAAGUGGCCCGAAGCUGAUAUAUGUGUGCAGCGAUGGCGCCCGACUGAAGGGGGACAUCUUUUCUGUGGGCUCAGGCUCUCCUUAUGCUUAUGGAGUCCUGGAUAGAGAGCUGAGGUGGAGCCUGAGUAAAGAAGAGGCCAUCUCCUUGGCAAGAGAAGCAGUGUUCAGAGCCACUCACAGGGACGCCUACUCAGGAAACAAAGUGGACAUCUUCCACAUCACAGCCCAGGGAUGGAGCCAAAGAAAGAGAGAGGACCUGAAAGAGGAAUACUAUAGAGACAUGGAGAGGAGGGUGAAGAUAGUGGAGGAAAGAAAAAGAGUGACCAAAUUAGAUGCUUCGGGAUGA